AUGCCUUUACCGCCUGUUGAGGACGCCCCGAACUCAAUGGCACGCCGCCAUUACCUCGUGGAACGCAAUCGUCUACGCGUAAAGAAGUACGAGCCUACGCGACAGGCGUUUGAGGAGGAGACCGUUAAGCUUUCAAAGCAGAGGGUGGAGCAAAGGGUGGCAAUGCUGAACAGCUGGAAGAGUUCCGUUCCUCUCCACACCGACACGACCCGCCCACUUCCUGGUGCCGCACGGCGCCAGAAAGAGAAGGAUGAGCCGGCGGCGAAGCACAUAAACCUCCAAAUUUUGGAUGAGGAUGCAGCACUGAAGCGGGAGCGCAGGGCUUUGCUGAGGGCCGAUAUUUUGCAGCAGAAGAAGGACCGGGAGGAAUACCUCGCCAAGUGGAGAGCAAACGAAAAGGCGUACGACAGCGCGCUCCUAGCAACCAACGCUGAGUUCGCCCGCCAGAUGCAGGAGCAGGAGCGCCAAGCUGCGGUGGCCACGAAACAAUACAUGGACAUGAUGCGUGCCAGCAACCUGAAGGAGCUGGAAGCGAAAAGGGCAAAGCAAAGAGAAAAAGAAGAGGCUGAUGUCGCUGCUCUUCGCACAAUGCAGGAGAAUCUAAGGCUGAAGAUGGAGGCCGACGAACGCAGGGCUAAGGAUAUGAAGCGCCUUAUGCAAAUAGAAAACGAGGAGAAUCACUCGCUCUUCAAGAAAAAGCAGGCGGAGGACAAAGCACGUGAGGAUGCUUGGAUCCGGACCAUGAUGGAGCACAACGCUGCCCUUGCGGAGCGCGAAAGGCGGGAGGCCGAACAGAAGCGUCAACAGUUCAAGGCGGACUUUGAGGACACCAUCGCAAAGCAGAAGGAGUUCCGCCGCACCCAUGACUACGACGAGCCGCAAGAGUUAAUCCGCAAGCGAAACGAAGAAGCCGCAGCCUCUGCGGUACUCAUCAGGCAGGAAGAGCGCCUCCGCAACAACGAGCAGCGGAAGCAAUACCGUGAAGAGCUCAUGAAGCAAAUGCGCGAGAAAUACGAAUGGCAACUGAGCCACUUAGAUGGUGUGUGA